AUGGUUAGAAAUUGGCUUUUGAACCGUCAUAACUUAUUAGACUUGUAUGUGCUCUCACUGGCUGACAAUCAAGGCCAAUUUCAGUCAAUAUUUCACUUUUUAUUUUCAAAUUUCGAAAAAGUUACCUCUGCAAGUUAUUCUUUUGUUUAGAUUGCUUUUGAGCCAAACCUAUUUCCAUUUCAGGAAUCACGCGGCCGAAACUCUGUAUGGAUGGAAAGACCACGAAAUCAUUGGCCAAAGUGUAACUAAAAUCCUAACUGCUCAGGAAAAUUAUGUAUCUCUACAAAAAAUUCUGGAAAGGGUGGUUUCAGGAGUUCCAUGGUCUGGGAAGUUUCCUUUCAAAAAGAAAUCUGGUGAAGUAAUUAUGGCAUUGGUAACAAAAACUCCUCUUUAUGAGGAUGGUGAGCUUGUUGGUGUUAUAACUGUUUCAAGUGAUGCGGCUAUAUUAAAAUGUACAAAUUCAGAAAAUCAAACAUACAAAUCUGCUAACAAUGGCCAACCUGGAGUAAGGAGGUUAAACUUUAAAAGAAUUCAGUGGCCUCCACGACCAACGAUUGCACCAAUGCCGCAGAUUGCUUCAUCUGUUUCCAAUCUGGUUCUCAUUAGUGCAUCAAAGCUUCUCCCACUGCUGCAUAGUACUGAUGACACAGUUUCCAAGAAGACUUCGACAGAUGCUGUCGCAGGUGAUGAAAAGCUAGAGAAGCGUGGCAUAUAUGAAACAAAACCUAAUUCCAGACAUUUCCGUAAAGAAAACACAAUUGUCACGGAGGCCUCUGAGGAGAAUGAGUCUACUGCAGAAUUUGGCCAACCUUCUAAAAUUGCAGCCAAGCUUCAAACUGGGGUACGUGCAAAAUAUGGGAAGGAUAAUGGAAAUAUGAAAAAUAAUUGUGCAGAUGAUAAUUCGGGAAGCAAUAGAAUGAAUUAUGAAAAUGAUUCAUCUGGAGGUUUAGUUCCAUUAAAAGGAUACCAGGAUGUUGUUAAUGGAGCAGAUAAAGAACUAAAUCUUCAGAAAUGUAAUUCUUCACUUGCAAUGAAGAGAGCGGAAACAACCGCGUGUGCAUCUAGAGCUUCCACUGUUUCCAAAGAUUAUUCUGGUAAGCCUCUCUCUGGGGAGUGGUGUGAAUUUUUGGAUUCUCCCAUUCCCCAUACCCAUUGUUAAGA